AUGCUCUCGCACGCCGACCUCCUGGACGCUCGCCUCGGAAUGAAAGACGCGGCGGCGGACUUGCUGGGACACCGGGAGGCGGUGAAGUGCCGACUGGGGGCCGCGGGCUCCGAGCAGGGCCACCCGGGCGAUUGCGCUCCGGGCUCGGACGCGGUGGAAGGAGCCACCCUCCUCUCCGGGGAAGGCAUCACCUCGGCCGGAUCCAACCCGGGCGGCGGGUCGGCCGGUGCCAAAGACGCGGACAAACAGCAGCAGCAGCAGCAGCAACAGCAGCAGAGCCAACAGAAACAGAAGCGACACCGGACCCGGUUCACUCCGGCUCAGCUCAACGAGCUGGAGCGCAGCUUCGCCAAGACGCACUACCCGGACAUCUUCAUGAGGGAAGAGUUGGCUCUGAGGAUCGGUCUGACCGAGUCCAGGGUGCAGGUUUGGUUCCAGAACCGCCGCGCCAAGUGGAAGAAGCGGAAGAAGACCACCAACGUGUUCCGGGCCCCGGGGACGCUGCUGCCCACCCCGGGGCUGCCCCAGUUCCCGGGAGGAGGGAUGGGCGACGGCCUGUGCUCUUUCCACGCCAACGACACCCGCUGGGCCACGGCGGGCAUGGGGGUCUCCCAGCUCCAGCUGCCCCCCGCCCUGGGCAGGCAGCAGGCCAUGGCCCAGUCGCUGUCCCAGUGCAGCCUCGGGGGGCCUCCCAACUCGGUGGGGCUCUCCAACAGCCUGGCGGGCAGCAACGGCGGCGGCCUGCAACCGCACCUGUACCAGCCCACCUUCCCCGGCAUGGUGCCCACCUCCCUGGGCGGCCCCGGCAACGUGACGGGGGGCUCGCCUCAGCUCUGCACCUCCCCGGACAGCGACGUGUGGCGAGGGACCAGCAUCGCCUCCCUGCGCCGCAAAGCACUCGAGCACACAGUCUCCAUGACCUUUACCUAA